CACUCUUGAACCUGAACCACUAUCUCUUCCCUGCGAUACACAAAAGCGAUAUCCCUCAAUGUCUUCCUUGCUGCUGAAAAGUAUUCCUCCACAAAUCGAAGAGCCGGUUGGGUGCUGGCUGCCCAAUCAGAUCUUGCCACCGGAACUCUGCGACAUCGUUAUCGAUUUCCUUCACACAGACAGGACCUCGCUUAUGUCCUGCGGCCUCGUAUGCAGAUCUUGGCUCCCUGCAAGCCGCUUCCACCUCUGGGACACUCUCAAACUCGCACCAUGCAACAUCGACGGCUUCUUCAUCCUUCUUUCCUAUUCUUCCACGUUCUUGCCGUACAUCCAAAACGUCGAGAUCGAAAACGCCUUUACUAAAUUCACUCAUUAUGAAAAGUUUUGGACUCGAUGGGAUAACAUUGUUCCCUAUCUGUCUGGCCGACGUCUUAACAGCGUUCGUUCCUUUCGCUUGAGCAAAGUCUCUUGGGGACUUCUGCAUGAUAUGAAAUGGUCGUCUUCCAUCCUGCACACUUUCUCCGAAGUCAAGACUCUCCAUUUGUCCAAUGUCUCCUUUGACAACAACCUUCAGGUCAUCCAAUUUCUUCGCAGUUUUCCUCGUCUGGAAGACUUGUCUAUCGCCAUCUGUUUUUCUUUUGUCGAUGACGACCUGCUCCCUAAUGAUGAAGACGAGGAUUUGACGUCAAUGAUUGUCGAUGAAGUAGAUGGAGGGGGUGUCAUGAUUGAGGACGAGAUCCAUCCUUUUGGUUGUGUAACCGACACACCUCUCUGGCCUUCGCUUUCUACUCUGCAUUUUACCCAGGGACAUCUUUUCGACGUCUUUGGUCUCAAUCUCUCCUCAAGACAGGAAAUCUUUCUCUGGAUGGCCUAUUUUCUACCCGCACCAGCUAUUCGUGAUCUAGUGCUUUACUCCAUCACUACUGCCGAAUUGGAGUCGUGCGGUCGCCUGCUCCAGGCAAUUGGUAGCAGCAUCGAGACCUUGACAAUUUCAUUCCUGACAAUCUUCACACUUGCAAGCCAGAUAUCCGAAUAUAUUGAUCUCUCUUGUCUUGCGAGUCUCCGGUCUCUUCACUUUCGUCAAGUAGGCUGGGAAGCCUGUGACUGUGCCAAGCUUUCCACCGCUUUUAUGCUGCUCUCGCAGAUCCGCUCGCCUUUCAUGGAAUCGCUGUCAUUCUCGCUUGGUGUGGGGGUUCUAGAUAGCCUCGGUGACGAUCAGUGGGAAUCCCUCGCCCGGGUUUUAGCGUCGUCGUAUCUCUCGGGCUUGCAAACGAUCAAAUUCUCCGUUUACUAUCACAAGCUAACACCUUCAGAGGAAUUCUACCGAAGUAGGCUCGCCGACUGCGAUUCCAAGGGAAUCCUUCAUUUCGAGUUUCUUCCUGUACAGAAUUCAUGCUUAUUCACAGAAUGAGAGGAUCCGUUUGGUGUCUUCUUUUUCCUAUAUUCCAGAGUAACUCCAGGAAAAUUGCGCAGAUAUAUAGAUAUAUACUUGACCUCCACUUCGAAACCAGG